GCAGAGCCAGCAGCGGCGGCCCAGCGAGCGCGGCUAAGCUUCCCUCUCCGUCGGGGCGAAUGUCCUCCGGGCUGCGGCGGGCGGCCCUGCUGGGAUUCGGCCUGCUCCUCUGCAGAGCGGCUCGAGCGGGGCGCUGCCCGGCCCCGCGUUGGCCGCCUUCGCUCGGAGCCAUGCAGAGCGCGGCGGCGUCUGGGGCCACGCAGGGACUCAAGUACCUCGGCCAGAAGGAAGCUCAAGCCAUAGACCAAGAACUGUUUGAUGAGUACAAAUUCAGCGUCGAUCAGCUGAUGGAGCUGGCUGGGUUGAGCUGCGCCACAGCCAUUGCAAAGGCCUACCCAGUCGGCUCCACCAUUAACCAGCCAACCGUCCUGAUUGUGUGCGGCCCUGGAAACAACGGAGGAGAUGGCCUGGUUUGUGCCCGGCACCUGAAAAUGUUUGGCUAUGAGCCGACGCUGUUUUAUCCUAAACGCCCCAACAAGCCACUUUUUGAAGGUUUAACCACACAGUGCAAGAAAAUGGACAUCCCGUUCCUUUCAGAGUUCCCAGGAGAAGCUGCUUUCAUUGACGAGCUCUACAGCCUGGUGGUGGAUGCCAUUUUUGGGUUCAGCUUCCAAGGGGCUGUGCGAGAGCCCUUUGGCACCAUCCUGAGCACUCUGGAGAAGGUCACUGUCCCCAUUGUGAGCAUCGAUAUCCCUUCUGGCUGGGACGUGGAGAAAGGGAACCCCGAUGGGCUGCAGCCAGACAUGCUGAUCUCUCUCACUGCGCCCAAGAAGGCUGCAAAGCAGUUCACCGGACGCUACCACUUCCUGGGCGGCAGAUUUGUGCCUGCAGCGCUACAGAAGAAGUACUCACUUAACCUCCCGGAGUACCCAGAGACAGACUGCGUCCUACGGCUCUCCUAGCCACUGCACCCCAAGCUGGGGAGAUGUCUGGAUCAGAGGAGGAAUUGAAGUUAGGUUGGGUUAAGGCUCGGUGGUUCAUUAUUUGGAGUUACAAGUUAGGCCUUAAGAAGUAGCCUUGGAUCCUAAGUGGUCACACAGCAAUUGAGAGCAAUGCGGGAAGAGAACAGAAGACUUGGGUGACAGCUUUAGACAAACAAACCAAAAAAGGCUGCCUUCCAUCACAUUGUAAAGUAUGAUUAGUGUCUGAGAAAAGGAACAACAGUGCAGAUGUGGGGAGCCUUUGGCCUUCCAGAUGUUGCUGAACUGGAACUACCACCUUUCCCUGGCCGUGAGCCAUGCUGGCUGGGGCUGAUGGGAAUUGCAGUUCAGCAACAUCCGGAGGGCCUCUUAGCAUAAUCUCAUUAUUUUCCUUUGUGCAAGGAAGAGACUGUUUUAUAGACUGUAACAGACUGAGACAACUUUCACUUUCCUUCAAUAAAAAUGGUGUGAUUAAAAAA